UAAAGCCGUUAUCAAUAUUCAUCAGAGAAAUUUAUUUUACACGACUGGAGGCAUAGAUGUGGUAAUCUUCUGCUAGAUUUAGAAAAGACACGGAAAAAAAGCGCUGUAUAUUUUGUCCACGUGUUUUGCUUAAGCAUGCACUUGAGCUUGAAACUCUUAAUUGCCAUAAGAUGACAUCGGUAGCAUUCUUUUGUAUGCAAGAAUUUAUUUUCUCAUGGAUAUAUUAGGGCAAACUGACAGGAGUGUACAGAAUUAUUUAAUUUGCUGUUUUACAGCAGACUUUUUUCGACCCCUAGAGAGAAGGUACUGUACAGUCAUUUGUUAAUUAUUUCAAUUUUCUGGUCAAAAAUUUAUUGUUAACAUUGUUAAGAUUUUGGAAUUGGCUUAGAUUUUGCUGUACAAAUUUUUCUGAAACGUAAACAUAGACUAGUUGGUUAUCUCUUCUAGAAAAGAGCAGCAGUUUCUUGUAUAAUAGAUUAUAGACGAAAAAGCUGUUAAAACUUUGUAGUGCAAAAAAAAAAACUUUAAUUAAUGUGAUUGUAGUUUAAAAUAAUGUCAUAUUUUUUCACUUUUGUCUAGUCUAUAAUGAGCACGCCUUUAAUUCAAAAUCAAGAGAGUUAUGGUGCUUUCAUAUUAACUUUUACAUAGUUUCUCUAACGGAAUAAUGUAUAUAAUUUUUUACCAUACUCCAUGCAUGCAGUACUACUAGUAAACAUGUUGAAUUUGGCUAUUUCCAAAAUACUGGACAUGAAUGUUAAGGUAAAAGGUCUGUAUAGUUGUUCUACCUUUAAUUUUAGUUUGAGUAUACUUUCUAGUUUGUUAAAAAUAGGUAAUUAAAAAUUAAAAGAAAAAAAAAGACCCAUCUCCACAAUUAACCUUCAUUUAUGUAUCGCUAAAAUGCCAGAAGAUGUAAAAAUAUCUUAGGCUGAUGUUACUUACUGAAUAGCCGUUAUCUUGUUGUGUGUUUGUGUGUCAUACUUGUUGACUGUACCUAAACAAUCUUGAAAUAUCGUAGUUAAACAUGUUCCUUGGUACAACAUGUUAUUGUCAUCUGCAUUUUAAAGCAUUGUUGUGAAGCGUACGGGUUUAGAUUGGUAGCCCAAAUGAGUUUACUAGUAGAUUUUUUUUUGUCUACACUGAGUUAUUUUUCCAUCGUCACAGGCCCAAAUAUAUUGUAGGCUUAUUAUCUGUGAUGAGAUGUUCACCGGUGUUUAUUCUUCUGUUUUAAUUCUUUGUAUGUUAUCAAUUUGUUAGGCCGAGAGUCAACCACACCAGAUAGAAUUUUAAUAUCAGCGAUUGCUCAGUCAGCUCCUAUAUCUUCUUAAAAAUGUCUAAAGGAGACUACAGCUUUGAAGUCCCACCAUAUGAUGGAGUCCAGGAUAUGCCAACUCGGGAGGAAUGUCGUUCCCAAGCAGAAGUUGAUUAUCCUUCGGAUCUGAGCAAUGUGUUUCAGCGUGGAAACGUUCGGAGGACCAUCCAUGAGAGGGAGAAAUUUGAGGAGAGAGUGCGGAGGAAAUCAGUGACUCAGAAAGACAUAGAAGCCAUCUAUGAUGGGUUAAAAGGCCAAGAUGACAGAAAUGUUGUUGGAGAUGUAGACCCAAUAGAAAUUGAUGUAACAGGUAAGUGUAAAUCAUGUCUUGAGAGAGAGGGGUAUGGUUUUAGCACUUUAGCAAACGAUUUUGUAAAACAUUUAAGCAUAAUCGUGUUAUAUCAUUUCUUUUCAUGCUUAAACAAUUUUAGAGGUUUGAGCAAUUACGGAUGAAAAAUUGGGAUCUGUACACAUCUUACUGUAGACUUGAAAAAACUGCUUGGUGCAACAUAUCUUUUGUAAGAUGCAGUGAAACCCUUCUUAAAAUCAUCAAUCGAUACCACAGGGUCGGAACAUCUCAGGGGCACCCAAACGUCAAUUUUCGGGAAAAUAUCUGUUCGGAAGACGAUUUGAGAUCUAGAAUUUUCGGAACAUUUGUUGUAAAAGUUCUUGCUUGCCUGCCUCUCCUAGCAUUUUCGAACAUCUAAAAAAUGGUAUAAUUGCCCAUUUUUAACGGAUUUUUACCCUAAAAAGGUCACCUAGAAUUUUCGGGAGCCUUUUUUCUGCCUGAAAUUUUCGAAAGGGUAAGUUGUGAUCCCUAUGAUUUUCGGAUCACUAGACUUUCAGCUAGGAAAUCAGAACAGAUGAAAAAUUUUUAGAGGAUAAAAAUAUGCCUACACCUACCGUUUAAAUACUAACAUACUUUUAACAAUGCUAUGUUUAAGUAGUUUUGAACUAUAUUCCCGUUGGGUGCCCCUGACAUCUACUCAGAAGAGACCAUCUGCGGUCCGAUUCUUAUAAGCAACCUUGGUUGUUUGACUGUAAUUGUUUUGAUUGUUUAUUUUAGGGGGACGGAGGACUCCUGUAUCUUCACGGAAGGUAUCAGGAAUGCAGACUCUAUUAAGGACCACAAAUAUAAAUUCUACCAUACAGAGAUAUGAUCGCCAACCUCAUGAGGUAUAUGCUUGUCCUUGAGUUCUUACUUAACCCAUUUGCUCCUGGAACUUUUACCAAAAAAGGCCUUUUCAGUGAAGUUUACUUAAACCGUUUUCUGGACACCAUCUGGCAAAAACGAACAAAAACUGCACGAACAGUGUUCAUGGUCUUCUGUUCCUGAGGCUAAAUAUCAGCUACCCACAAGGUUUAGGCACGUGCAGAAAGCAAAAUUUUGAGUUUGGGGGUUUAAAAGUGACACAGCAGUUUCGACUUUACAUUUAGUUUUUGUUCCUUUCCUCUUGCAAAAAAUCUUGAAGUUUCCUGUGUGUGCCUAACUGACGAAAUAUGUAGAAGCGUGCGAUAGCUACUAAGUCGGAGAAGAGCAUUUUAGGAAUUGCGUUAAAAUAUGUGGCUGAGAUGUGUAAUGAUGUCUACUGAUGUCUGUUGAAUUUUGCACGGCCCAACUUAGAAGUUUAAAAGCUAUUUUAACAUUGCAGGCAUUUGUUGAGAUGAAUGAGUUGACCAAGAAUGGAGAACAGAUGGAGUGGAAGGAGACAGCUCGCUGGAUCAAGUUUGAAGAAAAUGUUGAGGAUUCUAACCGUUGGGGAAAGCCUCAUGUUGCUUCACUGACAUUUCACAGUUUACUUGACCUGAAAAAGGGACUUGAAAAAGGUAGCAGAAUGUACCUGUAUUAUGGUACUAUAGUCAACUUCCUUUUAACGGGCACUCUGGAGAGACAACCCACGUAGAGUUUGUUGUUGUCGUUUUUUCUUGGACUCCUUAUAAGUCCCUUUUGGCUAAAAACGUUUUUUGUUCUAUCGAGCUCACUGAGAAGAACUCUACCGAUCUAAGAGAGAAGACAAACUUCAAGUAGUCUGCUUAUAUGGCUAUUUCCUGGUUUUAGAAGGUGACAUACAGUUUGUUGUUCUUGUGUAGCGGUUGCCGUUUGGUCGAUUGAUUUGUCAACAAUAAAUGUAUGUGCUGGAGGCUGGUACAACACCUUGUGAUUAUUCCAUGAAGGUGGUGGUUGUAAACGGAGGUUUGGCUGUCAUGGAUGCUAUUCCAUAAAGCAUUUUAGUCCCAGAGUUUAUGAUGGAGUCUGGGAACGUUUCUAACUUUUGAGUCUGUGGGUGAAAUCCUAUGGUGUGCCCAUUAAAAUUAAAGCUACUGAGCAGUACUUUCCUGUGGUACUUUUUAUUAUGCUGUACAAGGUGGUUUUAACUUUUGUGUCUGUGGAUGAAAUCCUGUGGUGUGACCAUUCAAAUGAAAGCUACAGAGCAGUACUUUCACGUUGUGCUUUUUCUUUUUCAGCAUUUCCAAAAUGAAGUUUGGAAAGUUUAUCACUUUUCGUGGUGAAAGGGUGAACCUGUAAGGCCAGUCUGAGUAUUUAUGGAUCACCCUAUGUAACUCAAUGAACUCUAUUAUGUUAUCUUUCUAGGCACAGUGCUGCUGGACCUGGAGAAGUCCGACUUACCACACAUAGCGAGAGCAGUUGUCGACAACAUGGUUCUCACAGAUCAACUUAAAGAAGAGGACAGCAAUAAGGUUGUGACCGCUCUGCUUCUUCAACACAGGCAUCAACACCAGCAGCAUGGCAUGUCUAGGCGUUUGUCUUCCAAGAAGAAGAGAAAGAUUGGUCUUGGUACAGAUAAUAUCGGAUAUAAUCACAGUACAGAAGUAUUCAAGAACGGAAUUCAGAAUGGAAGCUUGAGUCAAAAUGGAAUACCUGCAAAGGUUUCUCUACUUUACUUGCAUUUAACAAUUACAUUAAAAAAAAAGAGGCAAUAGUUAACAAUACUAAAACUUUAAAAGGAUAAUUCUUUGAAAAAGCAAACCAUCUCUAAUAUUUCAGGUGCUUGUCUUCGUAUUCAAGAUGUUAGUGAACUUAUGCAAGAGGAAGGCGCUGGGGCCCGUUUCUCGAAAGGCCCCGGAAACUUUUCGAUCCCGAAGGCAAAUUUUAAAAUCCAAACGUGUUGAAUAGCCGCACAGUUCCUAGCCCAUAAACUAGUCAAUUUUGCUUCGUUAACUGACAGUUUUAUUUUAUUAUUUUCAAAAGUAUUGAAACUUUGAUCUUGAAUGUAAACGCGGCAAACAUAAAGCAGCUUUCCGGGCCUGAAAAGUUACCGGGUGGGGCCUGUUUGUCGAAAGUCCCGGUAACUUUUCGGGCCCGAAAAGCUGUUUUAUGUUUAAAUUUACCUCCAGGCUCGAAAAGUUACCUGGCCUUUUGAGAAACGGGCCCCAGGAGGGAAGAAGACGGCAAAACCUGUGUGAUCAACCGCGACAGUCAUUAUUUUUCAAAAAAAAAAUCCGCCAGACUUCAUCCUCCUUUAAACAAAUCUUUUGUAAAAGACCAGAACACAGUAAGGUAAAGCCCUGUCACGUUUGUCACACACAAACUUUUUGCCAUCCUCUUCUCACUUGACGGCUGGGAUCAUGUUUGCUCUAGGUAGUUUCGACCGAUCUAUCGGUCGAUAUAGCGGUCCAUAGUCGGUCGAAACCCGGUCGACACUCGGCAGAUAGUCGCUGUAAACAAGAUCCGACGGCUGUACCGCUAGCGCGCCCACAAGAAAUAAUAAAAACUAGUCUAUUCUCUCAGUAACGUAUUGGCGCACCGUGGCCCUUGUAUCCUGAUCUGUAUUGUAUAUUGGAAAAAGCGUAGCGAUGCAGCCCUAUUUGGAGGCAUAUAAAUAACUUUAAUUUAAAUGAGCUCUCGUAUUUGGCUUAAUUAACGAUGCAAAAGAUUUACUACUGCACCAUUUACUACUUAUUACCAGGCAUUAUAUCUACACCUGUAAACAAAGAGAUACGCGCCCAAAUGAACAUACAAACAGUUCAACGUACUGUGGAAAUAGAAAGGCAAAUUGCAAAAGACCAUAAUUCUUUAGACACUUUUAAAAAGAAAUGGUCUCGAUUAAAAACCUCCCCUCUUUAAAACGAAUGUACUAUUCUGUGGAAGUGAUCUGUAGGCGGCACUCUGUAGAUUAAAAGAUUUAAUACUUUAACUGUCCUGUUUAAGUUGUCUGUCUGUCUGUUUGUCUGUUUGUUUGUUUGUUUGUUUGUUUUUUUGUUCCUUUUUGUAAACUGUAAUUUUGCUACUUUUUUCUUUCUAGUUUUCUACAAUUUUUGUAAUUUUCCUUUGUAUGUAAAUAUGAAAUAAAGUGUUGUUGUACAUAAAAAAAACUUUAAUUUAAAUGACAAUUUCUUCUUUUGUUUUCAAAGGAUCCACAUGCGUUAGAAGCUGCCCUUGACGAACAAGAAUCAGACGUUAAGAGCAGAAUCCCCGAGGGAGCGGAGGCGACAACUGUUCUUGUUGGUACAUUGGAGGAGCUGGAUCGCUCAGUAUUGGCUUUUGUUCGUCUCUCCAAGGGGUGUAACCUAGGCCAGGUCACGGAAGUGUCCAUCCCUGUUCGUUUCUUGUUUGUUAUGCUGGGCCCAAGCGAAUAUAAAGAAUCAUACUAUCAGAUUGGUCGCUCUAUUGCUACGUUAAUGUCAGACCAGGUAGGUUGAUUGAUAAAUAGUGAACGCCUCAUCCUCUAUUAAGAAAGACAUUGGGAAAUAGUUCUUAAUAAAAAAAAUCAGUCAGUCAACCAGUCAUUCAAUAAAUAUGUCAAUCAAUUAAUUAAUCAAUAAAUCAAUCAACCAAGUAUUUAGUGGUAGCAUAUCAAAAAAGUGCUGCUUUGUCUAUCUCUUCAAUGGAGAUGUAUGUGCUUGUUAGUUUAUAAAGGGUUUUAAGACAGAGAUAAUCCAACAAAUAAAUGAAAUUCGAAAAUAAGCGACUAUUAAAAUACUACUGUUUACCUUAGAGAGAAAAAAGGGCGAUCCCGCACCUAUUUGAAAGAUUGUUUUUGAUUAGCUGGGAAAACAAUAGGGACAGACACAUAACAAUAACCCUAUCCCUGAAAACAAUGAAAGUGCAGAUUAUAGGGGACCAGUGAAAUAAGAGGUUUAGAACGGUGCAGUUCCACUGGAGAAAAAGCCUGAUUUCAUGGUUGAUAACAAUCGUGGGGGAGGUACCGAGAGUCUACUUCUUACAUCUUGGUAUUUAUCGUUGGCGGAUCCAGGGGAGGGGCCCCGGGGGACCCUACCCCCUCCCCCCUUAUUUUUAGACCAAACUGAGGCCCAAAGGGCGUAAAAAAUUAUUUUUCGAGACCUGUUCCCCCCUUAUCUCAGGGUCUGGAUGACCGGGCUCCCCCUUAUCUCAGGGUCUGGAUGACCGAGCUCCCCCUUAUCUCAGGGUCUGGAUGACCGGGUCCCCCCUUAUCUCAGGGUCUGGAUGACCGGGCUCCCCCCUUAUCUGAGGGUCUGUAUCCGCCACUGUUUAUUCUUCUUUGACUGCUAAAAUCGCGAGCUAAGCAAAACGUCAAGUACAAGAAAAAACAAAAGAUCAAAACAGGAAAAAACCCAUGUGAACAAAAUCCAGACUAACCUUGACCCAAUUAACGAAGUAACAGUGAAACUUGAAAGAUGAGACAGAUCUUAAAAAUAACCUUCAAAAUACUUCACAACACAAUUCAUGAUUUGUCUUACUUUCCAUUGCGUUCCAGACUUUUCAUGAUGUUGCAUAUGCCGCUGAUUCUCGCGAGCAGCUGUUAGGAGCCAUUGAUGACUUUCUUGAGGACGUUGUGGUGUUGCCACCUGGUAACUGGGAUCGUAACGUCUUGUUACCCAUCCUUAUCGCGCAAAGCAGAGCCAUUGCGGUCAGGAGAAAGAUGGUUAAAGCGGGUAAGGAAACUACUGUACGCGGUAGAGAAAGCCCAUUCAUACGACCUGUCUGUUUAUGCCCUUUGCAGUUGACUGUGAAAAGAACUUUUGUGAUUUUCUAUUCUGCUCUUUUGCAAUAAGCUAUAUAAAUGAAGCCCUUGUUGUGUGACACGUAUUACCUUUUGGCCGUUUAGAGUCUCCAGCCAUAUUUCAGAGUGUACUUGGCAAUUUUGGCCAAAAAAAUUAAAAUGAAAACAUGAUUGUGAAAAAUGUCUUUGGCUCCGUUUCGCAAUUGCAAUGUAAAUUCUACGAUCGUCUUUCUCCGACGUACGAAAAUUAGGUUUUAUGACAAAUUUCUCCUAUCCUAACAAGUCUUUUCCUUCCUCCAGCCUCAUCCUCACACUCGGAAGGAGACACCGCCCUACAGCGAACAGGCACCUUUUUUGGAGGACUCUUCCAGGACAUCAAGCGACGGGGGAAGUUUUACAUGAGCGAUUUCUAUGAUGGCUUUAACUUGCACAGUCUACUUGCCUCUCUUUUCCUUUACUUCGCCUUAUUUGCCACAAAUAUUGCCUUUGGUGGUCUUCUUGAAAGCAAGACGGAGAAGUUUUUGGGGGUGACGGAAGUUAUUAUUUCUGCUAGUAUUUGUAGCAUUAUUUUAGGGCUUUUUGCGGGACAACCGAUGAUGAUUAUUGGAGCCACGGGUCCUAUGCUGGUCUUUGAGCAGAGCAUUUAUGAUGUAAGUGUACAGCUUCUUAGUUGUAUACCAGUAUUAUAGUAGAAACCCGGUAACUCAAACUCUGAGGGAAACAAAAAACAGGUCGAGUUAGCGGGGAAUUCGAGUUAUCGGGGUAAAUUUCAGUGAAAUUUGGAUCAAGGGGAAGGAAAUUUAGUUCGAGUUAUCCGAGUUCAAGUUAUCGAGGUUCUGCUGCACUCUAAUCCAAGUGCAGUAACCCUCUCUCCUUUACCCUCCCCUCCCAUCUACCGAUCUCUCCUUAGUUUGUUAAGUUGAUCGCUUUGCUUCGAACAAGUUGUCGACACAAACUUUCGCUGAAACACUGGCGCGAAACUUUUUAAUCACGUAGUGUACCUAAGCAAAAGUAAAGAAAUCGUGCAUUCACCUUUGUGAAAUAGAGCUUUAUUUCUAUUUUCCCCAGAAAGGGAAGAUAAGUCUUUGCUAGCCCUGACAAAUGGGUCAUUUUUAGAAUUUCUCAUUGAUGAGUUGUAGAUAGUGAAUCACCGAAACUAAAGCACUUUUCCGGCAAAUCAAAAUACUCGUAGAAAUCUAAAUAAACCAAUCAUAACUCGCAAUGUAUACAUAGAGCUGGUGUGGCUGGCCCAGCUCGGGAAAUCACACGCAAGCGCGUGACGGUGACGUCACACAAUGACGCAAGCAAUGUUUUAAAAUACUCGUAGAAAUCCAAAUAAAUCAAGCAGAUCUCGAAGUGUAUUCAUGAAACUGGUUUGGCAAACCAAGCACGGAAAAAGCGCAGGCAAGCAGGUGACUGUUUGAAAGAAAAUGGCGCUGGGCUGUUUAGCCAAUCACAAAGAUGAAACGUAAAAUGCGAGACCAAACAAUUUUUGAGUAAAUUCCUAACGAUACUGAAUUCAAAACCGCUCUAUUUUUUUUUUUUUUUUACCGCUUUUCAGUUUUGUAAGCAGUUUGAUGUAGAGUUCCUGACAUGGCGAUGUUGGAUUGGGUUCUGGGUUAUGAUAAUUCUGUUUGGUGUCGUCGCCUUGGAAGGAUGCUUCUUGAUCAAGUACUUCACACGCUUUACAGAGGACAUUUUCGAGCUUCUCAUAUCUGCAAUCUUUAUCUAUGAGCCAAUCGCACUGCUGUAUAAGGUGAGUAUUCUUUUCUUGGUGUACUUGGUGUAUUGUAGAUGUGUGUAUCUUUGGUGGGGCAAGUCAGGGCUCGAAAAAAGGCCCGUCCGGUCGUCCGGGACAAGUAACUUUUAAAUUCUCAUGCCCAGAGGUCAAGGGUCUAAGCAAGUCAUCUUCUAACUAAAUCGUUAACUAAGAAGAACUUAACUUUUUCUACCUUUAGGAUGGGCGCUUAUUCGAGGUGGGCGCUAAUUCGAGGUUGGACGCUUAUUCGAAUAAAUACGGUAACUGAUAAACUUGAGAUCGACGGUGCGCUCCUUUUACCCCUCUCUCUCCAUGAAUGCUCCGUUUUAAGGGUAUUUAAAGCUAGUCAAAGCUACAUAGAAAGGAGAGAAGUUGAAACAAGGAUGUGAUGUCAUCGGGGAUCGAACUCGGGACCUCGCGCACCGAAGGCCGCGAACUAACCAACUGUGCCACCCUUGCUGUUGCUUCUUUUGGCUUGUCACUCAGUCCCCAACCUGAGAGGCUAGCAUAUGUGCGGUGUUCGCUUACGAGAGAUUAGGGCCAUUUUUACGAGGAAAAAUAAGACGCGAACUGUACCAUUUAUACGAGCAUGUCUUAUCUAAGACGAAAUCAGCACCUAUAAAUGGUUCGCGUGUUAUUUCUGCUCUUGACUCGUUUUCAUGUGAAUGUUGCCCUUAGCAACGGCAAUCCUACAUGGCGCGCCAAAAAUUAACGCAUGCUUACUAUGCGUUCGCGUCUUAUGUAAGACGCGAAGGUUAUUUAUACGAAGUUUUUCUUGUCUUAGCUAAGACGUGUCUUCUCUAAAAACAGGUGUUAAGGGCUGUUCUAAAAUAAGACGCGUCUUAGCUAAGUCGCGUCUUACUUUAGACGAAAUGUGCCGUUUAUGCGGAAAGUUCGCGUGUUAUUUUUUCUAGUAUAACUGGCCCUAUUGUCGCACAUUAAGGUCGUACUAUAGAUAGGAAAUUGAAGUAUUUUAUUGUUUCUGUGGUUGCAGUUGUUCAAGAAGAAUCCUUUGACCCGGCAAGGAUCAGAUAAUGCUUCUGGCACCAAUGAAGUGGUGCAAGGAGAACCCAACACAGCUUUGCUUUCCACUAUACUAGUUAUUGGAACUUUCUUUCUGGCCUACUACAUGCACAAGUUUAGGACGAGCCACUUUUUCGGAAAGAGGGUUAGUACACCAACUGUUUUUUUUAUUCGUAUGGAGCUGUUGUUUGAUUAUUGUUGUCUUCUGUAGAAAAGUCAAUUACUUUAGUCGUAAUGACACUGUUAAAUUAACCAAGCCUGUAAGCCCAUACAGAACUAUUGCUCAGUAGCUCUCAUCUCUAGUCAUUCGUAAGGAUUUCAUCAGAAUCAACAGUUAGAACCGACUUGAACAGCUUGGCAAGCAGAACCACAAGAAUGAACUGCUUAGUAGUUUUUAUUUGAAGGGUAACACCACAGGAUUUCAUUCACAGACUCCAAAGUUAGAACCACCUUGUACAACAUAAUAAACAGUACCACAGGAAAGUACUGCUCAGUAGCUUUCAUUUGAAUGGUCAAACCAUAGGAUUUCAUCCACAGACUCAAAACUUAAAACUACCAUGUACAAGACAAUAAACAGUACUACUGGAAGCUACUGCGCAUGCCUAGUAGCUUUCAUUUGGAUACACGUCUUCGCACGAUUUCUUCACAGCAUCAAGGGAAAUUGCUGCUGCAGUACUUUUGUGUAGACAGUGACACAGUCAUAAUUUUCCAACUUGCAUUGACUCAUUCUUACUGUUUUUCCAGGGCAGACGUAUCGUCAGCGACUCCGCUGUUGUAAUCGCCAUGGUCAGCAUGGCUGUUCUCGAUUUUGUUCUGGGCGACAAAGUCAUCACUCAGCAUGUCUCCAUCGACGACCCGCUGAAAAAUGGCUUGCAGCCGACCUAUCCCAAUAGAGAUUGGUUUAUCAACCCUGGCGGCAUGAAAAAGAGCAUGUCGAUGCCGUGGAUCUUUGCAGCCAUUAUCCCUGCAGUCUUCGUUGGCAUUUUGCUGUUCAUGGAGACCGAAAUGACCGGCGUUCUCUUGAGCAAGAAGGAGCAUAAGCUUCACAAGGGGCCAGGUUACAAUAUGGACCUGGUCGUCGUGGGCGUGUUGGCGUUUGGUUGUUCAUUGAUGGGGUUGCCAUGGAUGUGCGCUGACACAGUGCGAUCGGCUUCUCAUGUGAAUGCACUUUCCAUCUGGAGUACUUCGCAUGCGCCUGGUGAGAAACCGCGACUUCUGGAAGUCAAGGAGCAGAGGGUCACUAACAUCAUCAUACAUGUUCUCACAGGUAUGUAAGGCCCGGGGGGGGGGUACUGCCGUAUAUGGGCUAUAUAGGCAUGUGCCCGCUGUGAAGGGUAUGGUUUUCAAGCAGUUUGCCUUGGGAUAUAGUAUCUAAAUCAGGGAGUUGGGUAUCAUUUUCCAGGAAACUGAUCAAUUGGUUGAAGAUUUUAGUGUACACUAGGGAAACCGGGAAUUGCCACCCAAAAAUAUCAAAAAUCGGUUUUAUUUUGGCUGGACUGUGCUACUGACCUCAGUAGUUCCUGGAAGUUCCAGGGUCCCAGCGGCACAUCCCCCCGCAGAUGUGAGGCCACCACCCAGAGCGUCCUAGCCUGAGAAAACAGCCAACAUUUUGCAACCUCACCACUGGCUUCCCCGCGAAAUGACGUCUGAGGACCGAUUGCAGAAAUUCCAUACUGAUGACGUAUGAGUACCCAGAUCUAGGUAGUGCUUCUAGUUGGUUGAAGGAAAUUUGCUACGCGGCACGACCAAUCAGAAGUACUAUCCAGGUUUGGGUACUAAUAGUGAUACGUCAUCAGAAUGGACUUUCUGCGCUCUUUCCGAAAGAGUUUGUUACAGUAUUGAAAGAAGACUAACUAUCCAUGCAAAUGUACUGUUGAGAAUUCGAGGGUUUUUUUUUACAAAACAUUCGAUGUGGAGUUCAAUUUAAAAAAAAUCGUUAAGUAAACUGGAAGGUAGAAUUGUAAGAAGUAACUUAAAAUUUACUCCGUCUAGCAGUCUCGACUUAGGGCUAAGAGUUUUGGUACAAGUGCAGUGUGCUUGUUUUGGCUUAUGGUACGACUAGACUUUCGGAGAUUCCAUCGGAAUCGAUGCUUUCAAUGGAUCCGAUAGACUCCGUCGGACGACUUUCCAACCCUCCUCAAAGUAUUGUUUACACUUCCGGUUUCAUCUUACGACUAGACUCCAUUGAACUCCAGGUUUUGUCCACUGGAAUCUAGUUGGGAGCCGAUUGGAUAUGACUGCUGUUUUUAUUGUAUGUAUCCGUCCUCCAGGGUUCCAUGUUCAUCUAAUGCAAUCAUCGUAUGAAUUUGUGCACCGUAAUUUUCACUAUUUUCAAUUCCCGUCUGUUUCAGGUCUGUCCAUUUUUCUCGCACCUAUUAUUAUACUCAUUCCCAUUCCGAUAUUUUUUGGGGUCCUACUGCAUCUUGGUAUAUUGUCCCUCUCUGGACCGCAGAUGGUGGAAAGGUUCGUUAUGAUGUUCAUGCCACGCAAACAUCAUCCUGAUGUCGGAUACGUUAGAAAGGUAGGAAUUUCCGGACCUUCCGGUUUCAUCUUAUGACUAGACUUCCGGUAACUCAAGUGGACUCGACUGUAUUUCCGGUUUCAUUUUUUUGCUCAUGUCGGAUACGCUAGAAAGGUACGAAUUUCAUUGGAAUGAUCACACCACGGGGUUUAGUGCACGGGGUCAACAGUUCUCUAAAAUAAACGUUGUCGCUUUAUAAGAAUAAUGAAAAAUCAUUUUGGUAGAAAGAUUAGAAGAAGUGAAGCCAAUGUAAUAGGAAAGUUUAAAGUAUCUGACGUGUGUUGUCUUCGGUUUGAGUUGGAGGAGCUACAAUCUGCGACAAAAUUGUUGAGACAUUGUACUCAUAUAGGGUAACUUCAGAGAACAAAAGAAUCCACACCCCUCCCCUAGCCUGCGUAGCAGGCGUCGAAAGGGGUAGGGGAUAGGGAAAAAGGGAAAAAGGGAGGGGGUGCUUUUCUCCCUCCCCCUCUCCCUCCCCUUUUUGCGCCUGCCACGCAGGCUACCCCUCCCCCCUCUCCUCCAUUCAAGGUUGAGCAGGGUGGGUAUUUGUUGUCUUCUAUAGGUAGCUCGAACAGCGGCACAACAUUGCAUCGAGGCGAUGGGGGAAGGAAAAAGCUUUAUUUUCCCCUUUUGAAGUCAGUAAAACGUCAGAAAGCCCCUUUAGGGCGAAGUGUCUCGACUUAUUUUGUUGCCGAUUGUGGUUGCUACAUAGACUGAAGUAAAGUGAACUACGCUUUGAUCCUGGAGAUGGGGGUACUCCAGAUCUUGAGCCUAUUUCAGACCAAAAAAUUUCAUAUUCUAUACCCAUAUUCAUUUGGAAUUGAAAUGAGAGAUACGUUCAUACACCCUAUACCCGAUUCUACAAUUGUAGCCUGGGUUACAAAAGUGGGCAAAGUCUUAAGCCGUUUUCAGACCGAAACAGGCCAAAAACCGUACCCCUUAAUCAGCCAGGGGGAGGGAGGGGGGGCGGCCUUUUGUGCUGUUUUUCAGCCGUGUAUCGGCUGCCAGGAAGGAAACCCUGAUUUUGUUCCUCACAGUGUUUUCUCUUCUGCAGGUUCCGACAAAAAAGAUUCAUAUGUACACAAUCAUUCAAACACUCGCUUGGGCUUUCUUGUUUGGAAUCAAGUUGUCGCCUCUUGCUCCAUCUUUUCCAUUUUUUAUCAUCUGUCUGAUUCCGCUGCGAAAGCUGCUCGGAAAGUUUUAUGAAGAGCAUGAGCUCGAAGAGGUAAGUUUAGGAUAGAAAGCGCUUGAUGACUUUUUCCGCCUUUGUACCUCGUUCUGUCAGGGAAAACUAACUAUAAUUUUUAUCCGGUAAUUUUGGCAGGCAUAGCAUUAAAACCAGGUUUCAAUCCAUGUCCAUCCUCGCCAUCUGUUGGAACAGACGAUAGGAAACAGUUUCAACGCCUAAAUAUAAUCUUGAAUUUCUAAACUGGAUCGUUAUUUUUGGAAUUCAAUUGGCGUGAAAAUACGUUUUUAUAAAGAUAAGAGAUAGUAAUAGGGCUUACCGGUCGUUUCGAUACAAUUGGUUCAGUCAAGAUGUAAAUAGUUUCACGUACAUGCCUUAAAGAACGAGAAAUACUCAGCCCAAAUGUUUUUCUUGUUGUGCAGUUUCACCCACUGCUUGAGUUCGUAUUGAAGCGAUUCGUCAACUGAUUCGUGUCGAUACGGUUUCCGUAAUGGGUGUCUAAGAGCUUUUUAGACGUCUACGUCCUUAAAUUUCGCUUAAAUAACGUAUUUUGAUUGUUAAAUUCUCUUUUUAUCCAACAGCUCGAUAAUUCAGAGUCGGAAGGUGAAGACAGCGAUUUUGAACUGUAAUUCUCAAGUCUCCGCGGACUUUCCACAAAGAGUUGCAUUUAGUGGGUUUUGUGCCUUUCGAUGUCGGCGCCUGUGAUACUGUGAAGAAGCGCCAAUUUAUCGUUGUUCGGGGCAUCACACCGGCUCUGGUUGCAGAAUAUCCUUACUGUUCUCUAAGGGAUACCAGAGAAUAAGGGCAAAUUUUAUACGAAAGCUGUAUGUAUAGACAUGGAGUGAAAUUCAUAGCUGAGAUUGAUAUUUUUUUACAUAAUUAUAAUGUGACUUCUAUGUUUCUUAGCACUUUUCGUUCUUCCGGGUUGAUGUAUUUUUUGCUGUAUUUCUUAAUGUUAUCUUGUACUAGAAAUAAGAGUUUAUGGAUAGAGCUUGAUAUGUAAUUGCGUAUUUUGUUUAUUUCUUAAAUAUUUUAUUUAAAUAUUUUGUUUACUACCUAAGGGUUACGUUUACGCAAUAAAGAGGAGAUUUUUUCGGAUUCCUGAUACAUUUUAGUACAUUUUGGUACCGGGUGCGUUUUGCUGUUUACACGCAGAUGAGACGGUGGUGGAGUAAAACGACACAAAGACGGGUUGAAAAUGCGUCAGUGAUAUACGCAAAGAAAAUAAAAGCGCAAAUAUAAUGGUACAAUACCAACAGGGACAUGGCUUCUUCGGUUCGUCCUCAGUAGGGACUUUAAGAUCCAACGACGCGGACGGCAACAAGAACGUCAGAAAAAAACAAUAGGUUUUGUAAACAAAACAACAACUUUUCACGUGCAUCACGCUUUUUUGUACAUUUCUUCGCCCGUUUUCGCACGACUACGACGUGAAAAUGCCUAAUUUCGCUUUUUAUGGAGGACGUAAACAAGCGACGACGAAAUUUUAUUUCUCUUUCUGUGCUUGGAUAUGGUCCCAAAGAAUUCAAUUCCAGGAGGUUCGCCUACAUUUGACAAAGUAACUGGGUAGGAAUAAUUGCGAUUAAGACUGAAAGAACGCAAAUUCACUUUUUAAGAGACGUUCUCAUUGCCGUCGCGUCGUUGAAUCUUAAAGUCCCUAGUUUAAGAUACCACGACGGCGAUGGCAACGAAAAUGUCGCUUAAAAAUUAAAUUCGCGUUCUUUCAAUCUCUAUCGCGAUUACUCUAACUCAUUUACUUUCAUUUUCAAAUGCAAGCGAACUCUUUUUGAGCCGAUUUCCUAAGAACCAUAGCGGUGGCUUGUUUACGUCCUCUAUAAAACUUGAAAUUAGGCAUCUUCCCGUCGCAGUCGUGCAGUGACGCCAAAGAAAUGUAGAAAAAAGCGUGGUGCACGUGCAGAGUUGCGGUUUUGCCUAUUCAACAUAUCGCUUUUUUGCCGUUCUCGUUUUCGUCGUUGACGUGGCAUCUUAAAGUCACGUGACUCGACGGGUUUUGAAAUUCAGGUUAGGGACAUACGAUCCCCCUCCUCCCUCCCCAAAUUUUGCGUGAAUCCGCCCGAUUGGUCGUGUGUCGGGAGAGUUUGAAAUCGGAAUCUUAAGUGAGCACUUCUUAUCUGAAUGAAUCUUCUCGAAGUUACUGAUGUGUCUAAACGCUUGUCAAUCUGAACAUUUUAAAUUUAAUAAAUCCGGAAAAAGUCCUCUCUAGUCUGAACGUACCCAAGGUCUGAUCUGAAUAGAUUAUACUCUUUAAACUUUAAGCCGAGGUUUACUCGUUCAAAUAUUUCAAUAAAAUAAUUUUUGUUUUUUCUUAUUUAUGGGUAGUAAGAGUUGCCCCAUGACUACUUCUUGGUGCAGUUAAAUUUCCUACCCUCCAUUUUUUGCUCAUAAAAGAAAACACCUGACUCAAUGAACAUGAAUGAC